AUGUCGACGACAAACGCAGGCGACAAAGAAAAGAAACGCAAGGAGAGUAUUGUGGACUUGUCAAAAUAUUUAGACAAAGCUAUACGAGUGAAGUUCCAAGGCGGCCGUGAAGCUACCGGCAUCUUGAAGGGGUACGACCCCCUAUUGAACCUCGUCAUAGACAACACAACGGAAUUCCUGCGUGACCCCGACGACCCGUACAAGUUAACCGACGAUACGAGGGAGUUGGGGCUUGUGGUGUGCCGAGGAACUGCUGUUGUGGUUAUCUCUCCCGUUGACGGCAUGGAGUCGAUCGCCAAUCCGUUCGUUCAACACGAAGGUUGA